AUGUUGGAAUUUAUUCGAAGUGGUGCAAAUAAUUAUCGCAUUAACUUUGUUAUGAAUGUGCUUCCGCUACUAUUGGACAAUCCUACUUCGAACCCUACUCAUCAACAUCCGACCGCCAAAGACCAGCGCACGACUCAGACGCCAGACAGACACAAAAAACGUGCCCCGAAAUCAAAAGCUCAACCAUCGAACACCAAAACUCGAAAGAGUGUGCGCAUCCAAGAACGCCUAGAACGCCUUCAGAAGGAUUCGGAAAGGCCUACAUCACCCCCGCAGAGUCGCCGUCAGAACAGAAAGAGACAAGUUCGCCGGAGAUCAUGA